AUGAGAUACCUCCCUCUUCUCUCCGUCUCGGCCCCAUUGGCCUCGGCCGGCACUGUCCUCUGGAGCGGCCUGUUCAACGAGAGUUACACGGUCGAGGAUUUCGAUAAAUGGUCCUGGUCCUCCCAACUCCCCCCAUACCAAUGGUACAUCCACGGCUCAGGCGACACCUCCUCCUACCUCGACGUCUCGCCAGACUACCAGAACCCGAAUUCUACUCUUGACGAGGCACAGGGAGUGAGGAUAACCAUCGACGACACGUCCAGCUGGAAUGGCCAGACGAUGAUGCGCUCGGAACUGAUCCCGCAGGUCGAAGGCGACGCGGAUCUCGGCUCCGGCAAACUGUUCUACCAUUUCUCCCUUAGUGUCAAGGAGGAGAACUUCCCGGUAGAAAGCCUGGAGCACCAGGUGGCGUUCUUCGAAAGCCACUUCACCGAACUCAAAUACGGAAACUCAGACUCCGAGCUGGCCUGGUACGCCGGCGGAUCCUCGCAGUGGACGACGCCGCUCGAAGCUGGAGUGUGGUACAACUUUGCGUACGGAAUUGACUUCGCCGCGGGUACGGUUUCCCUGUAUACCUCGACUGGCGGGGAGGACUUGAAGCAGGUUGUUGAGCCAGUCAGCGCGAGCGCGGAGACGAACUCGCAGGACUGGCACGUUGGACAGUUGAGGCUGGAUAAUGGGGAGUCUGGGGCUGCGGAGGACUGGUACUGGAGUGGGGUUUAUGUUGAGGAGGGGGAUAUUACUCUUGCUGUUUAG